AUGAAGGAGUACUUUCCGUUUGUUGACAAUCACUUCUCGUGGUUAAUCCAAUUAAUAACCACCUUAUUAUUAUACUCAACGAUUAUUAUGCCUUUGUUGUUGUUACAUACGUACUUCAAAAAAAGGUAUAAAUUGCACAUAACUAAGGAUACUACUAAAUCGUGUUCUGCAAGAGCGAUAUACAUCUGUUUUGUACCUGAUGUCAACGCUUCAGAAAAUGUUGAAAAUGUUCUGCGUAUUGAUUUACCAAUCCCUGUAACUGUGUCCACUACUCGCUUGGGAUCACAUUCAAAAUUGUUUAAAUGUAUAAAUUGUAUACAAUCCUAUUUCGGUCUAGACUGUACUCCAUCAUUGAGGACUACAAAACAAUACUAUGCCCUGUUGGCACUUUGUUUUAUUGGUCUGCAGUUCUCUUAUUUGUUAUGGGGAUUAUUGCAGGAGCGAAUCAUGACUAAAGUGUAUGGCAACGAAAAGUUUGAAAAAUCACAAUAUCUCGUCUUUUGUAAUCGUAUAACAGCUCUGAUCAUCUUAUUACCUUUACACUGUUUAAAUUUGGGAUUUAUUGUCAACCCUUGGCAACAAGGUCGUAAAGCACCUUUUGUCGAAUACGCAUAUGCUUCUGUUAGCAAUGUGAUUAGUAGCUGGUGUCAGUAUGAAGCACUAAUGUAUAUUUCAUUUCCGAGUCAAGUAAUUCUUAAGGCAUGUAAAGUUUUACCUGUUAUGUUUAUGGGGAAAUUCAUUCAGAGGAGGGUGUAUAAGGGAAGUGAAUACCUUACAGCUGGCAUUAUAUGCUUAGGCAUGAUUAUGUUUUUCUACACUGAUCCUGAACAAGAUUAUCAUUCAAAAAAGGAGACAGAUACUAGAUUUCUAUUAUCACUUAGUGGUUAUGUACUAAUCUUCGGUUAUAUUCUAUGUGAUUCUUUUACUUCUAAUUGGCAAGACUAUUUAUUUCAAAACUAUAAACUUACCUCGUUACAGGUCAUGGCUGGUACAAACAUUUGGUCAGUGCUACUCACCCUGUUAUCAUUAGUUGGAAAUGGUGAUCUUAUUUAUUCUGUACAAUUUGGAUUUAGACAUCUUGAAUUUAACUUUGAUGUUUUAUUGUCAUCUUUGUGUUCAGCAUUUGGUCAGCUGUUUAUCUUUCUUACCAUAUCACAAUUCGGUCCAGCUUCAUUUGUCCUAAUCAUGACACUGAGACUUGGUUUCUCCAUGAUACUUUCAUGCAUUAUAUUUUCUCAUGCAUUACAUCCAUUGGCUAUAGUAGGCAUAUUCGUGGUUUUCUUUGGUUUAUUUUUACGAAUUUAUUCACGCCAGAAAAAAACUGUACCAUCGAAAAAUAACAGUAUUAAAAAUGAUCUAAUUGUAUCAGUAAAGUAG